UGAAUAAUAUUAGAAAGGAUACAAAAAGUACAACACCCUUUCUCCUCAAAAUUCCAAACCCCUCUCUAUCUUCGCUUUCACACACACAGCUGCACAGGCAGAGCACAACCCAAAUAGAUAAUAUUAUUCACCGGAAAAUCGGGUGGAAUUGGGGAAAAUACUCACACCCGACUGCUCUCCGGCGAACUUAAUCGUGGAAUUGAAUAAGAAUGACAUCCACGAGGCUGUUAUUGUUGCCUCUUUUGAUCCCUUGUACUACUUCUGCUGCUGCUUCUUCACGUUUAUCUUCUUCUUUCAGGGUUUCUGGUCCACAAAUUCCGUUCAACAGGAAGCAGUGGCUUUGUGGUAAUAAAAGACGUCAAGGCGUUUGCUUAAAGAUUGAUGAUGGGAAUGAAGUAAACAUGCUCGGUUCUGAUGAUGAAUUUGGAACUCCAGUUCCAACCCAAGCUCAAACCGUUGUGGAAGGGUCCGGUGCAGUUCUUGUUUCAGAAUAUAAACCUUCCCCUGAUGUUGAUUACCUACAGGAGUUACUAGCAAUUCAGCAACAAGGGCCACGCAACAUUGGCUUUUUUGGAACACGUAAUAUGGGAUUCAUGCAUCAAGAGCUCAUUGAGAUUCUUAGUUAUGCUAUGGUCAUAACGAAAAAUCACAUCUUUACAUCAGGAGCUUCUGGAACUAAUGCUGCUGUAAUCAGAGGUGCACUAAGAGCGGAAAUGCCAGAAUUGCUUACUGUUAUAUUGCCUCAAAGUUUGGAAAAACAGCCUCCUGAGAGCCAAGAGUUACUCUCAAAAGUAAAAAAUGUGAUCGAAAAACCUCACAACGAUCAUCUCCCAUUGAUUGAAGCCAGCAGGUUGUGUAACAUGGACAUCAUAUCGCAAGUGCAGCAAGUCAUAUGCUUCGCGUUUCAUGACAGCCGGUUGCUUAUGGAAACAUGUCAAGAAGCAAAGAAUCUUAGGAAAAUUGUAACCCUUUUUUACCUAGAUUGAAAUAUGUGCACACAUCAUAUGCAGCAGCACACUACUCAUUUCUGCUGAUUUUUCUUUGCAAUCAUUAUAGAGAAGUCGGCCCCUUUGCUGUUGGAUCACCUAAAAGCAAAAGGUUGUUUAUUGUUAUCGUUGUCGUUAUCGUUAUUGUUUA